AUGAAAAAAUUUUAUCUUGCAAGCAAACACGAGGAAUCAAAGAAACGACGACUACCAGCCGGCCUAGAGCUCGAUAAAUUAGAGACAGAGCGAGCAAAACGACGAUACGUUUCAGAGUUUCUUUCCUCUGAGUUGGGCGCGCUUUCAUUACAGGAAGGCGAACAGGAUUCUUGUGCGCAAAGCAGUCCUGAUAAUAACAGGUCCCGAUCCACAGAGAAAUCCUCUUUUAUUUGGACACAGACACGAUCAAAACAUGUAGUAAUAGUCACAGAUCUUGAUGUAGAUUCUUCCGAAUCGGAAAACAGUGACACUGAUGAUAAAGAUCAAACAAAUAAUACUACGACUACUAUACAAAUGCCCCGUGAUCUACGAAAGUCACUGCAGAAAAUACCACAAGAGAUCUUGGCCCCGCGAAAUAAAGAUGAAAGUCCCGUGCAGGCUUUAGUAUUAUAUAGGCCGCCUAUUUGGGCGCCGCUAGAUAAACCACCAGUAAUAGCAUUAUCAUCAUCACACAUCGAAAAUAAUUCAAUUUUAGAAGAUUUGAUUCUUCCAGAGGCUGAAAUGGAAGUUGACGAAGUUCCUCCUGCUGCUGUAGAAGGAGGAAAUCUAAUUCUUGAACCUAUUGUUGCUAAUGUCGAUCCAUUUGUUAACAAUUUAACUAAAACACCGAUAUCCACAAUAACAAGACGACGAAGAAACUCAUUCGAUGGCUACGAAGGAGAUAAUGACGAUGAUGAUAGUGGCGAAGAGAUGGAAAUUGUUUGA